CCCCGCACAUCUCCUCCGCCCUCUCCUUCUCCACCAGCUCCCCAUCCAUCCUCACCGAGCUCCAAGAACUCCCACCACCCGCCGCCACCCACCCACCCGGCAUGGCCGCCGCCGCGACCGCCACCGCCGUCCGCCUCCACGCGGCUGCCACGCGCCGCGCCGCCCCGCGCCGGCCGGCGCGCUUCGCGGUGCGCGCGGACGCCGCGCGGGCGGCGACGGCGCUGACGCAGGACGACCUCAAGAGGCUCGCGGCGGUGCGCGCGGUGGAGCAGGUGCAGAGCGGCAUGGUCCUGGGGCUCGGGACGGGGUCCACGGCCGCCUUCGCCGUCGCCGAGAUCGGCGCGCUCCUCGCCAGCGGGAAGCUCUCCGGCAUCGUCGGCGUGCCCACCUCCAAGCGCACCUUCGAGCAGGCCAUGUCGCUCGGGAUCCCGCUCUCCACGCUCGACGACCACCCCGUCAUCGACCUCGCCAUCGACGGCGCCGACGAGGUCGACCCAGAUCUUAACCUUGUCAAAGGGCGGGGUGGAGCCCUGCUCCGGGAGAAGAUGGUCGAGGCCGCGUCAGCAAAGUUUGUCGUCGUCGUCGAUGAGACGAAGCUGGUCGCCGGCCUGGGAGGGAGCGGCCUCGCCAUGCCGGUGGAGGUCGUGCAGUUCUGCUGGAAGCACAACCAAGUAAGGCUGCAGGGUCUGUUCAACGAAGAAGGCUGCGAGGCGAAGCUGAGACUGAAUGAGGAUGGCAAGCCCUAUGUUACUGACAACUCGAACUACAUUGUCGAUUUAUACUUCAAGACGCCGAUCAGGGACGCGCUGGGCGCGGGCAAGGAGAUUGCGGCUUUGGAAGGAGUUGUUGAGCAUGGCUUGUUUUUGAACAUGGCAACUUCAGUGAUCAUUGCCGGAUCGGACGGCGUCAGUGUCAAAACAAAGUGAGUGUUUUGGGUCAGCUACCUGUUGUUGGUGUGUUGAAUUUACGAUUUUUCAAUGAAUAAGCUAUCUGUGUAAAAUGAGGAAAUUAUGUUGUUCUAUAAAAUAUAGUUUUUCUAUGUUU